GGGACACAUCAGCCAGAUGACUUUCUGAAGCCCAAAGGAGCGGACCGGUCCCAAUGGGAAGCCUCUGGAUCUCUGUUCUGGUGACAGUGGGUUUGAUCCAGCAGUGUAAUGGAGGAUCAAAUUCCCAGGUGUGUUACACAUCAACAAAUGGCUCCCUACAUAAGUACGGAGCAAAAACUCUCAAUGGAAGCCAGUACGUUGACUUCAGUCAGUAUGCUGGGAAGACUGUCCUCGUUGUAAAUGUGGCCUCCUACUGAGGACUCACAUUCCAGUAUUUAGAAUUGAAUGCACUGCACGAUGAGUUGAAGGAUUAUGGCUUCACCAUUCUUGGGUUUCCCAGCAACCAGUUUGGGAAACAGGAGCCUGGGGAAAAUCAUGAAAUUCUGGCCUCUCUAAAAUAUGUCCGUCCGGGCAAUGGUUUUGUUCCAAACUUCCAGCUCUUCGAAAGGGCAGACGUGAAUGGGGAAAAUGAGCAGGGUAUUUUCACUUUCCUCAAGAAUGCCUGCCCACCAGUGGGAGACAGCUUUGGGAAUCCCGCCGACCGACUGUUCUGGGAACCACUAAAGAUCAGUGAUAUAAAGUGGAACUUUGAGAAGUUCCUGAUCGGGCCGGAUGGCAAACCCGUGAUGCGGUGGUUUCCCAGGGUGAACGUUUCCGAAGUCCGAGCAGACAUCCUGAAAUACUUCCGGCAGCUUUAUUCCAAGAAAUAAUCAGCAUUCAACCAGAAAAAACAACAUUUGGGUCCAUUUGGAUAUUCUAAUAAAGUCAUACAAACCUGACACUAUGACAUUUCUUUCUAAAGUAGAUUAGAGACAUGUUUAAAGUAGUUUAAAGUAAAGUAAAGGCCACGUGUCCUGUAUUUUGUAUCCUCUGUGAGACUGGUAGCGGUGGGUAGUGACGGUUGACACGGAGAGUUGGCAUGUUAGUGAAGGUCAGGCUUGAAAACAGCGAUGCUGUGGUGUUUGACCCGAGGCCAUGGAUCAGAGCAGCUUUUCAGUGCAUUCAGGCUGCCCUGCUUUCCCCAUAGAGCCAUGCCAGCCCUCCCAGCGCGCCGCCUACGCCCGCUGCUGCCUGUGUGCAUUCUCUUUCAAUAAAGAACUCAAUGCAAGACCAGGUGA